GAAAUAAAACACUAAAUAAGCAAACACUAACUAGCUUAUUACCUUAGUGACUGCAUGGGAAUGCUGAUGUAAAUGUGCAAGACUUGUGCAGUCUCUAUAGAUAUUUUCGAGACACUUUUUUCUUGCACACGAAGAAGAGUGUCUCUGUAAUUUGCAUUUUCGUAAAAGUGUGAGCGUCUGACUGAAAAAGACAAAGAGCAUUGUGACAGACUAAAAUGUCCUGUGCCGCUUCUUUAACAGCGGCUAAAGACUCAACAAAUGCUGCAGCAAGUGGUGCUGCAGUGGGUGUGGUAGUCACAACUGGGAGUGGGGGAGGCAGCGGUGGUAGUGGCGGUAGCGUAGGCGCUGGCGCGGCUGCAGUUGCUCGACGUAUUUCAAUGGAAGGAGUUGGUGCGCGUGUUAUACGUGGUCCGGAUUGGAAAUGGAAUAAACAGGAUGGCGGCGAGGGACAUGUGGGCACAGUGAGAAAUUUCGAGUCCGCCGAGGAGGUGGUCGUUGUCUGGGACAAUGGUACCGCAGCAAAUUAUCGCUGUGCUGGCGCCUAUGAUUUGCGUAUUUUGGACAGCGCACCAACAGGUGUGAAACAUGAGGGAACCAUGUGCGAUACAUGCCGGCAGCAACCUAUCUUUGGCAUACGCUGGAAGUGUGCCGAGUGCAUAAACUAUGAUCUAUGCUCCAUUUGUUAUCAUGGGGACAAACAUCAUUUGCGUCAUCGCUUUUAUAGGAUUAGCACUCCUGGUGGUGAACGCGGGAUGCUGGAGCCGCGUCGCAAGUCCAAGAAGGUGCUGGCACGUGGUAUUUAUCCGGGGGCUCGUGUGGUACGCGGCGUGGAUUGGCAGUGGGAGGAUCAGGACGGUGGCGUCGGCCGUCGUGGCAAAGUAAAUGAGAUACAGGAUUGGUCUUCCGCCUCGCCGCGCUCAGCCGCUUAUGUUAUCUGGGAUAAUGGCUCCAAGAAUCUUUAUCGCGUAGGCUUUGAGGGCAUGGCAGAUUUGAAGGUGGUGAACGAUGCCAAAGGCAGUAAUGUGUAUCGCGAUCAUUUGCCGCUGUUGGGCGAGAAUGGCCCAGGCAAGGGACCGCAUGGAUUCCAGAUUGGCGACAAGGUAACCGUGGAUCUAGAUUUGGAGAUUGUACAGUCGCUGCAACACGGACACGGCGGAUGGACCGAUGGCAUGUUCGAGUGCCUAAGCAAUGCGGGCAUGGUAGUGGGCAUAGAUGAGGAUCACGACAUAGUGGUAGCCUACAAUUCAGGUAAUCGUUGGACCUUUAAUCCAGCGGUACUCACAAAGGUGUCCUCGCCCACUAGUGCACCGCCAGAAUUUCAAGUGGGAGAUAUUGUUAAAAUCUGUUCGGAUGUUGAGAGCAUCAAGAUGCUGCAACGCGGCCAUGGUGAGUGGGCAGAUGCCAUGCAGCUUACGCUGGGCAAGAUUGGACGCGUGCAGCAGGUGUACCACGACAAUGACCUAAAGGUGGAAGUGGGCAACACAUCUUGGACCUAUAAUCCACUUGCAGUCUGCAAAGUGGCUUCCACUAGUGUCACCAGCGCCACAGGCGCUACUGGCACUGAUGCCAACUGCGCGCCCGUUAUACCAAGCGGUGAGCGUCUAUCCGCCAUACUCAAGAAGCUCUUCGAACCCAAUGUCUCUGGCGAUGCUACCGAAGAGUUUGUCAAGGCGGCCGCCAAUGGAUUUGCGUCACGCUGUGAGGAGUACUUGGCAGGCGCAGCUCAGCCGUCAACCUCCAGCGCUGCGGCAGCUGCAGCUGCAGGCAGUCCCAGCAGCGCGCCGGCGCCAGAGGUAAAUGUAAAUGGCGUCUUUGCUGGUCAUACCGCCUUGCAGGCAGCCAGUCAGAAUGGACACAUUGAGGUGAUACAAGUGCUACUGCGUCAUUCGGUGGAUGUGGAGAUUGAGGAUAAAGAUGGUGAUCGGGCAGUACAUCAUGCUGCCUUCGGUGAUGAGGCGACAGUAAUAGAGAUCUUGGCCAAGGCGGGCGCGGAUUUGAAUGCGCGCAACAAACGUCGGCAGACUUCGUUGCAUAUUGCUGUGAACAAGGGACAUCUAAAUGUGGUAAAAACGCUGCUCACGCUGAACUGCCAUCCCAGUCUGCAGGAUUCGGAGGGUGAUACACCGCUACAUGAUGCCAUAUCUAAGGAACAUGAUGAAAUGCUGUCGCUCUUGUUGGACUUUGGCGCGGACAUAACAUUAAACAACAACAAUGGCUUCAAUGCAUUGCAUCAUGCCGCGCUCAAGGGUAAUCCCAGCGCCAUGAAGAUAUUACUCACCAAAACAAAUCGCCCCUGGAUUGUGGAGGAGAAAAAGGAUGAUGGAUAUACAGCUUUGCAUUUGGCUGCACUUAAUAAUCACGUGGAAAUCGCCGAGCUGCUUGUCCACAUGGGCAAGGCCAACAUGGACAGACAGAAUGUAAAUUUACAAACCGCACUUCACUUGGCUGUCGAGCGUCAGCAUGUGCAGAUUGUCAAGCUACUGGUGCAGGAUGGUGCUGAUUUGAAUAUACCAGACAAGGAUGGAGAUACACCAUUGCACGAGGCACUGCGUCACCAUACGCUAUCGCAGCUGAAGCAGCUACAGGAUGUGGAAGGCUUUGGCAAACUGCUCAUGGGUCUGCGUAACGCCAACAACAAGAAGGCUUCGGCAUCCAUAGCCUGCUUCUUAGCUGCCAAUGGCGCUGACCUGACACUAAAGAAUCGCAAACUGCAAACGCCGCUGGAUCUGUGCCCUGAUCCCAAUCUCUGCAAAACGCUCGUCAAGUGCUAUAACGAGCGCAAGACCGAUGAUGCUGAGUUGCCUGGCAAUGUGGCUGGCACCAGUCAGAAUGCCCGCGCCCGUGCUGCCGCCGUGGGCUCUGCAGCGGGCAUGCAUCAAUCAGCGACGGCAAAUAUACCACUUAACACAGCCGUCUCGGGCAGCACAUUUGCGCUAAAUGGCUUAGGCGGCGACAUGGCUCAGUCGUUGCAUGUGGAAAGCAGCAGUAGCAGCGGCAGCUGCAAGAGCAGCGGUACCGGCAUCAAUAAUAACAACAACAACAAUAGCAAGCCUACCAGCCUGGAGGAAUGUCUGGUCUGCUCGGAUGCCAAGCGCGAUACGGUUUUCAAGCCAUGUGGUCAUGUUUGUUGUUGUGAAACGUGUGCGCCACGCGUGAAAAAGUGCCUCAUUUGCCGCGAGACUGUUGCCUCGCGCGAAAAGAUUGACGAAUGCCUUGUCUGCUCAGACAGGCGUGCCGCUGUCUUCUUUCGUCCCUGUGGUCACAUGGUGGCCUGCGAGCAUUGCAGUGCGCUAAUGAAGAAGUGUGUACUCUGUCGAACCCAAGUCGAUGAGAUGCUCUCGUUUACGCUUUGCUGUGGUGGACUGGGCUCUGCGGAAAAGGUUCAAAUGGCGGGCGCUGCUGCAGCUUUGACUGUCACAGAGGAUAAAUUCAUAGAGCCACCGUGUGUAAACACCUCCGGGCAUAGCGUCGCCAUGAACAAUACUGUUGUUACGCCAGUUGCUGGCAAUAGCAAUCAACUUAACAGUCAGAACAAUCUAUUGGCGGCCGCAGCGGCAGCUAAUGUAGCCACUGGGCUAAUGGCGCCUUCCAAUGUUAACAACUUUCAAAUGGAUGAUGUGCAAAAGCUAAAGCAGCAGCUGCAAGACAUUAAGGAGCAGACUAUGUGCCCCGUUUGCUUCGAUCGCAUUAAAAAUAUGGUAUUUCUCUGCGGACACGGCACCUGCCAGAUGUGUGGUGACCAAAUUGAGGGCUGUCCCAUUUGCCGCAAGACUGUGGAGAAGCGCAUUUUGCUCUUUUAAAGUGAAGCAAAUAAAUAAUCAUUAUUUAGUGGCACACAUUCCGCGCACAGACUCCCAAAACGCAUACGCAUUAAAUUAAGUAUUAUUUUAGCAAAUCGAAUCUACAUAUUACAAACGUACACACAAUGCUGUGUAUGUUGAUAUAGCAUAUACACAUAUAUUCAUAUAUACGCGCAUAAAUUGUCUUACAAA